CUAUAUUUUCAUCAUCACUUACAUACAUUAAAGGAAGAGAGCCUCUCAAAAUCCUUAGAAUCAAAGUCUAAGUACUGCUGCAAAGAUGGGAAAACUAGCAAUACAAAUCUUGUUUCUCACUUUCUUCUUUGCAUUUCUGUUGCAUACCCUUCCAACGACAUCUCAAGAAGUUGAAAAUGAAAGAGAAUUUGAUUAUGAGAAAAAUGGCGAAAGAGGGCCAGCUCGAUGGGGAGAGCUUCAUGAAGAAUGGAGAGCAUGUAGCAAUGGAUCAAUGCAAUCUCCAAUCGAUAUGCUCAAUGAAAGGGUUGAAGUAGUUUCUCAUUUAGGGAGGCUUAACAGAAGCUACGAGCCCUCCAAUGCCACUCUUAAGAAUAGGGGUCAUGAUAUGAUGUUGGAAUGGGAAAACGGCGCUGGAACUAUUGAAAUAAAUGGUACUGAAUAUAUUCUCCGACAAUGUCACUGGCACUCACCUUCUGAGCACACCCUCGAUGGAAGAAGGUUUGCUCUGGAAUUGCACAUGGUUCAUGAAAGCCCAGAUGGAAAGGUCGCGGUGGUUGGGGUUAUGUACACAAUAGGAAGACCAGACUCUUUCUUGCUAUCUCUGACAGACCAUUUAAGAUCGAUUUCCGGCACUGAAGAAGAAGAGAGAGUGGUGGGCAUAAUUAAUCCAAAGGACAUAAAGAUAGGAAGCAGAAAGUACUACAGAUACAUGGGAUCCCUGACAGUUCCUCCUUGCACUGAGAAUGUUAUUUGGACUAUUGUUAAAAAGGUGAGAACUGUUACUAGAGAACAAGUGAGUCUGCUUCGAGUAGCAGUUCAUGAUGAAUCGGAUACGAAUGCAAGACCAUUACAGCAAAUAAAUGGACGAUCAGUGCAUCUUUACAGACCAGAAGAAAAUAAUGAUGACUAAUUCCUAUGCGUUUUAAUUUGCAUUCAACUGCUCAUUUUAUUAUGAGGGAGAUUAAUUAGGCUAGAAAUAAAUAAAUGAUCUGAGUUAAGAUCACCAUAGAUAUUAUACAUGUACUUGUUCUUGUUGCUAUUAGACCUUUCCUUCAUUCUUCAUUCUUUAUUGCUAGCUAUGAAUAAAAUGAUCUGAGUUAAGAUCACCCUGGUCUUCUUUUUGUUAACUA